AUGUUCGCAUCAUUAAAAAACAAAAUAAAAGAGGAAACAGGGAGUGAUCUUUCCAAAUUAACAGCAAAAAUCACCUCUAGUACUGUGCAAAAAAUUGAUUCGCUUAGGGGACGAUCUCAUCAAGGGUCUACAAGCAGUUUAAAUUCCAUUGUUUCCAGUGAUGGAUUAAGAGAGGAUAUUCAGAAUGAAAGCGAGGAGUUUAAGAAAAGGCUUUCAAGAAUAGAAUCGGAAUAUUCAAGGAAAUUAGAGUUGAAAGAGGUGGAAUGGAAGGAUUUAGUUAAACAGAAAGACAAGCAUUUGCAUAUUAUUGAGAAGGAGAAGGAGGAGGCUUACAAGCAAAUCCUAAAUUUAAAGGAAUCUCUUAAAGAUGCAGAAGAUUUUAAGCAAAAAAUACUUAACCACCAAGAAAAUAAUGAGCAGAUUGAGACUUUGCAAGUUCAAGAACUGUCAAAAGUAAAACAAUUAGUUUUGUUAAGAGAACAAGAAUUAUCCGAAAAAACAGCUGCUUUAAAAGAAGCAAAUAACCAAUUAGAAAAAUUAAGGAGUGAGGUCAAUAGACUUCGAAGACAGGAAGAACAGUUAAGUGAUAUACAGGACGAUCUGGAGUCGCUGCGGCACUCGAGCUCGCGCGAUCUGGCAACGCUGGCGACGAAUCUCGCGCAGUGCGAGGAGGAGCGUCGGCACUUGUCGGACCUGGUCGCGGUGCUUCGCGAGCGGCUGUCCAACGAGACGAGCACGGACGAGCACGCGGUCAAGGAGAGGAGGCUGCUCGAGCAGCGGUUGGAGGAGGCGCAUCUGCAUUUGGCGGACAUCAAGACGUCCUGGAGCGACAAGAUCGCUUCCUUGGAAACGCAGGUGGGCAGACUAAGCAGACAAGCCGCGGAAGAAAGCGCGGAGCGCCGAAGAGCCGUCCAGGAUAAAGAACUACUGAACGACAAAAUAAAACAGCUGGAAGCAGAGCUGGAGUGCAAUAAGUUCGACUUGAACAACAAGGAGAACAAAAUAAAACGACUAACGGCCGACAUAAACGAACUGUCCUUCGAGCUGAAGUCGCUGAAAACGGAGAACGAGGAGGAAAUCGCGUUUUUAAGAGGCGAACUCGGUAACUCAAAGACAGAGUUAAAGGUGGUGAAGAAAAAUCUGGAAAACUCGGAAAGUGAGUUGAAUAAAACCGAGGAUGAAAGAAGCAAGUUGAAAAUAUCCGUCGAUUCUGAGCACCAAGCAAGCAAUUCUCUUAGACAAAUCAUCACAAAGUUAGAAAGGGAACUGGCAGAAGAGAAAUCAAAUUCUCUUAAUGUACAAAAAACACUAACCAGGGUGACGACUGAAAAAAACACAACACUGCUAAGAAACGCGGAAAUUUCCCAACAAAUGGAGAUGGUAAAGCAGAAAAUGAAACGUCAAGAGCAGGAAAUGAACGAACUCCUAAACAAAUUGCUCAAUUUAGAGGAGGAGAAUAGCAAAUUAAAAGACAGCAAAUCGAUAGAAAAACAAUUGCGCGAUAAUAUAGUCGAAUUGGAGGAGCAGAUAUCCGAGAAAAAUACGAAUAUUAAAACCCUUCAACUGAGACUGGCAGACCUCAAGAAAACCCUCCAACAAGAGCUACGCACGCCGGGAAACUCCAACUACCAUACAGACCUUAUGGAAAACACAGCAGCCGUUUUAACACCUAGUCAAAUGUUCACGAAAAACUUUCCCAAUAGCGUGAAAAGAGACGAAGAAGACGUCAAUUUUAAAUACCUCAAACACGUCAUCAUCAAGUUUUUAACCAGCCGAGAAUACGAAGCGCAACAUCUCAUCAAAGCCAUUUCAACUUUGCUGAAGUUUACUCCAGAGGAGGAGAGGUUGAUACACGAAACUUUGGAGUGGAAAAAAUCGUGGUUUGGGAGUCGGCCGAAGUCGAAAUCGAAGUUAUUUCCCAGCUGA